CACAACAAUAUGAAUGCAAUCCGGCGACGUCUCGCCACCACUGCCGGCAAGGCAAGCACACGUCGAUAUGCAAGUACCGAGCAUGGCCACCACAGCACAGCAUCCAAACCGGAACCGCUCGGAACUGGCUUUUACGUCUUAGCUGCCGGAAUUCCCCUCUCACUUGGCGUCUACGCAAUCUCUCGACCGGGUGCGGAUGGCAAACCCGCAGCCCUGACAAAGCUCAUCAGCGGCUACUCGGACCUCAAGGAUCGAUGGGCAACACGGAACUUGUUGCACGCCAAUAUGAUGGAGCAGGCUGCUUUUGAGAAGCACCUGUUCUUUGGCGAUAAGGGAAGCGCUCAUGUCAAUUUGAAGUUCCCAGAAAUCUUCAACACGGGAAGUCCAUACAACGUCCAGGCUGGUCAGGGAGCGAGAAAUAUGGAAUCUUUAGUAGCACAUUAUGAGCAGCUGAAUGCGGAGGCAGAGGCGAAGAAGGCAAAGGCUUUGGCAGAGAAAGAGGGCUAA